AUGGGAGUAAUACCAAAGACUACCAAAGAAGAUAAAAAUUCUAAAAUAACUGUUAAACAUCCGACUUUGAAACAGGCUACGCAUAAUGACAUCAAGACGACAAUAUAUGUAAAAUCCUCAACACCUUUUGUCAGCGGAAUCAAACGAAUUAAUAAAUUUUUGAAUGAUCUUGAUAAAAGGAAAAAAGACCCCAAGUUUCAAUGUGUUGUAUUAUUAGGUAUGGGAAAAGCCACUGAAAAAACUAUGGCUCUUGGGUGCUAUUUUGCAGAAGAGAAAGGUAAACGAUUGGAGGUCCGUACCAAAAGUGUGGAUGUGAUAGAUGAGGUGAUUGCGGAAGGAAACAACGAUGAUUCAAUAAUAGACGACAGAGACAGAGAUACAUCUCUGAAGAAACGUUCUUUAAGUGGAAUCGAGAUCAAAAUUUACCCAUAG